CUGCGCAGUGGGCGGAGUCGGGGGCGGAGCGCGGUGGCCGUCAGCUGACUGUGGCGGCGGCGGCCUCGCGGUGACGACCGUUGGCGUCGCAGGCUCCCGCGGGGCGUGAGGGCUCGUCUGGCCUCUCUCGGGUCGGCGGGGCGCGGGGGCGGCCGCAGCACCAUGGCGACCACUGUCAGCACUCAGCGCGGUCCGGUGUACAUCGGGGAGCUGCCGCAGGACUUCCUGCGCAUCACGCCCACGCAGCAGCAGCAGCAGAUCCAGCUGGACGCGCAGGCCGCCCAGCAGCUGCAGUACGGAGGGGCGGUGGGCGCCGUGGGCCGCCUCAACGUCACCGUGGUGCAGGCGAAGUUGGCCAAGAAUUACGGCAUGACCCGCAUGGACCCCUACUGCCGACUGCGCCUGGGCUACGCGGUGUACGAGACGCCCACGGCCCACAACGGUGCCAAGAACCCUCGCUGGAAUAAGGUCAUCCACUGCACUGUGCCUCCGGGCGUGGACUCCUUCUACCUCGAGAUCUUCGAUGAGCGCGCCUUCUCCAUGGACGACCGCAUCGCCUGGACCCACGUCACCAUCCCCGAGUCCCUGAAGCAGGAGGGCGCAGUGGAGGACAAGUGGUACUGCCUGAGCGGGAGGCAGGGCGACGACAAGGAGGGCAUGAUCAACCUCGUCAUGUCUUACUCGUUGCUGCCGGCCACCAUGGUGAUGCCGCCCCAGCCGGUGGUGCUGAUGCCGACCGUGUACCAGCAGGGUGUCGGCUACGUGCCCAUCGCAGGAAUGCCCGCCGUGUGCAGCCCCGGCAUGGUGCCCGUGGCGGUGCCGCCGCCAGCCGUGAGCGCCCAGCCGCGCUGCAGCGAGGAGGACCUGAAAGCCAUCCAGGACAUGUUCCCCAACAUGGACAGGGAUGUGAUCCGGUCCGUGCUGGAGGCCCAGCGGGGGAACAGGGACGCCGCCAUCAACUCGCUGCUGCAGAUGGGCGAGGAGUCCUAGACCUGCCGCCGCCUGCCACCUGCUGCCAAAGGCGCUCUGGACUUGCCAACCCAGGGGUUCCCCAGGGAACACCGUCCCCACAAGAUCCCAGUGAAAGACCCCGUAGCCCCCUGGACCUCUGUGUCACCCGUCCACCCUGCCUGGGAUGCUGUGGGUUCGGCCCUGGAGGGCGGGUGUCUCCCCUGCUCUGGUGUUGGAGGCGGGGCGGGGCUGUGGCGCUUGGCACAACUUCCUUUCCUGUCGCUUGGGGGUGGAGUCUCCCCUUCUCCCGCUGUUCAGGGAAACGUUCUUGUUGUAGGAAGUGGCUGGCCCCCCAGGGUGUGGAGCUUGCUGCCCCCUUCCCACCCCAUCCACAGCAUUUAGUUAUUCGGCUUAGUUGAGGUAGACCUGUUAUUUGAGGCACACAGAUCCAUCCACACUGACUCGGAAUUAUUUUUAGAGCUGCCAAGAUGACACUCACGUCCUUCCUGGGCGCUGUUUACCUGGGCCCCGCCCGCGUCUGGUCCGGGCUACCUGGGCCAGGGCAGCCUCCUGCCAGCAGCCGCAGGACCCGCCUCUCCCGGCUUGCCUCGCCCGUGUGCCACCCUGGGAACUCGGGACGCGCACAGGCCAGACGGCCCUGAGGCCGGGCAUGCUCACCCGCCUGUCUCCCCUGCCCUGCUCCUGCCGCCCCGGGGUGUCCUCCCUCUUCCGCAGAGCCGAGGUUCGGGUGGCAGGUCGCCGACGCGCCUGCUGCGUGUCUGCCGAAGGGCCCGGCUCUGCCGCUGACGGCCGCGCAGGCGCCUGGCGUCGUGGGUCCGUCCGGGAGAGGAGUGGAAUCUGGCGAAUGUCAGCACGCUGAGACCUUUCAGGGCCUGCAGGUGCCCUGCCUGCCCCUGACCACCCGUCACCACGCGUGGCAUCUUGGGUUGCAGGACAGUGGGUGACACCUGGCUGUGAAAAUCAGAAAUCUGAGAAAUUUAUCAAAAGUGAUGAAUGCACUUUAAAUAAUACUCACACCAUUGAACCCGUGUGCAUUGUUCAUGUCUGCGAUGUCGCUGGUUCGCAUUAACCUGCAGCUGCUGGUGUUUCUCUCCCGUGUCUGCUCCAGCCAGUGGGCGUCAGCCUGCUGCUCAGACGGAAGGCGGACGCUGGCCCUCGGGGUUCUGCAGAGGACGUAGGAUGAGGAAGUUGGUACUCGAGGGUCCGUCUUUUCCCCCCAAAUUAGAGGUUUUUAGUGUCAGCUAGAAAAUACUGCUUUUGUGCCUCCUGUUGGGGGUGCUUUUUGUCAAAUGCGUUGUUGAUAAAUAUUUAUUUUUGUAAGCCUGCGGGAGGUUCUGGGGUCUGGUGGCACCAGGUGCCAUUUGUGCUUCAGUGGCGGGGCCGCCAGGGCUCUGCUCUCGUGGCGAGGGAGGGUGGCUGCGCCGGUCGGCAGACCUGGGCCCUCGCCUGGACAGAGCCGACCACUGGAGCCGCCUGCCUCAGCCUGGGGCUCGUGCCCGUGGGCGGCUGCCUCGCAGGCAGGUUGAACGUGUCGGGAGGACUGUGACUUUCUAGGUUAUUUAUUCAGUGACAUCGACAGGCCCGGCACGGAUGGAACUGGAGCCCGCUCGGGGGCGUUGGUGCCGGUUCCCAGGCCUGGCCGCCACACCAGUUUCUGCCUUAAUGUUGCUGGGAGGCCUCCAGGCUGGCUUGCCUCGCCUCGCCUGCGCCUCCCGAAAGGACGCUCUGGCUCCGGCGCAGCAGCUCGGGGACCCCAGGGUGGGGGUGCCGGGGCGGCGCUGGCUAUAGGGAGAGCGAUGGUUUCAAGGUGACCCCGUGCUUACUGCCACCUCUUGUUUUUCUCUUUCAUGAACGUUUUAUUUUUUUAACAGAGCAAAGAAUGAUCACGUUUAUAAGGCCUUUGGUUAGGUGAAAUUCCUCUUUCCUUCAUUUUGUGCCGUUUUCCUGUUUCGAGGUUCAUUACCUGAAGUAGCUUGUUCAGGACCAAGGGAAAGGGCUGUCCCUCCCCACGCCGUCCUGUCUCCGCCCGGCCCGCGUCUGCACGCUCCAGGGAGGCUCGUCAGCUCGAAAGUGGAGGCCGAGGCUGGGCUGGGGCCUGAGCGUAGACAGGUGUCGGGGGCCUCUCCUGCUCCCGCUCCCGCUCCCGGGUUUGAGGACGCAGGUGGCCAGUGGAAGCAGCAGGGCUGGGCCAGCUCUGCGCCUGGGGCCUGGCUGCGUUUCUUCCGCUUGAGCCAGGCCGGUUGGCGGGAGCCAGCCCAGCGUGCACCUGUGGGCUGAGGGAGUCCUGGCGAGAGUCCCGUCCGUCCGGGCUGCGGUGGUGAUGGGAGAGCAGAGGGUGGGGCAGGUCACGCCUUGUCAUGGCACCUGGAGGCACCGCCCCUCCCCCACAGACACCGCAGGUGGCAGGCGUUGGCGGGAACCAUCCUCAGAGCUUUGUGUUUCUGGUUAUUUUAUUGGGGUCCAGUGUCCAGAUUUUUUCCUUGAUUGUAAAAUAUAUUUUUACUUUUUAGGUUUCUAACUUAAUAAAUGAUGCAUAUAAAAAUAGAGAAAUAAAGUCUGUUAAAGGGAA